AUCACAAGAAUGAUACUUAUCAAAUCACUCCUCCUAGCAAACAUUUGUCAACAAUUACCGUUUAUCCUUUUCUUCAGAUUCAACUUCGUAUUAAUGACCAACUAAUACCUUACGUCCUACUAGAUGACUAG